AUGCCGGAUCUCAACUCGGUUCCCCCGUCGCCGCACACCCUCGCGGCCUCUCGCCGCCAGUCGACCAGCCAGAUGGCCGCUCCACCGGUGCCGACCUCGCCGUCCCUCAACAUCUUGCCCUCGAACCAGAAUGCCGUGAACCACUCGCAGACGUCGUCACUGCCCUCGCCGCAGCUGACCGCCACGCACCCGCCCGUGCCGGCUCCCGCGCACAUGUUGGCCAGUGAGCCUGGUGUUGGGCCCGGGCCUGGUCCGUUGCGACACCCUCGCCCGUUGACCGCCGCGGAGCUCCAUCUCGCGCUGGAAAAGGAGCAGGAGGCUGUGGUCAACCGCUUGACACGAGAGCUGUCCCUCCUGCGUGCUGCCCACAACGCCUCGGUCGUGUCUAAUACGUCGUCUACUUCGGCCGCCAACUCGGCUCACGAUGCCGUCGCCGAGCAGUCUCUUCUUUCUGGAUCUGGCUUCUCCAUCCCUACAGCCCGUCAGCACCAACGCACCUCGUCCGCCACGUCCCAGAGCUUCGGCCAGCCACCGCUGUCGUCGUCCUACGAGGCACGCAUCCACGCCCCUCGCCCGAUGCAAGCCACCCCUCUCUCGCGACAGAACAGCUCCGCGUCUCGUCGAAGCCAGACCAACUCCCCCGGGCCGCAGAACUCCCUCGACCCGUCGAGCUAUUUCCAGCACCAGAGGAUUCCCCCGCCAACGUCCGUACCUAUGAGCUCGGUCGGCGCUACCCCUGGCAGCGGAAGUGUCAGCGAGCAGCUGAGUCCAGGAAUGAUGCCAGCGACAAUGCGAUACGAGGAAACACAAUUUUAUAGACAUGAACUAGAGGCGGCCAAGCGGGAGAAUGAGGCUCUGAAACGCCGCAUCAGGGAGUUGGAGAGGCACGUUCGACAGCGACGGGCCAGCGACGCCAGCCGAACCAGAAGCGACAGCGUCAGCACAACUGCCAGUUUGAACAUUACUCCGGCCGGGGGUGCCAGCAUAGCAGGACCUCGCGAGGGUAGUCUUGCUCGACCGGAGCGUGAGCGGGGAAUGACGAGCAGGCACAGCAUGAUCAGCGUGGCUGGAAGCGUUGGCGUCGGCGUUCCGGAUGAUGAAGUCAAGGUUGGCGAAAGCGCUGCUAGUUCCGGGCUUGCGAACAACGCAUAA